UACUUGUUGACACCUUACUGUUGUUAAACUAGCUGCUGCAAAUUGAGUAUUUAAAUUCACAAACCGCUUUUUUUCCAGUUGGCGAAACAACAUGGCGACCUAUGGCGAUGAGUCGGAUAGCUAUCUGUACUCUUCCUAUAACCCGUACUCUUACAGAUAUUUAAAUUCUAAACCCAAGGGUUCAAGUUGGCGACAAAAAAGCUACCUGUCAAGUUAUGUUGACCCCGGGGAAUAUUUUGAUAACUAUCAAAGAGCGCAGCUCAAAUCCCUUUUGUCACAGAUUAAUCCAAACCUGACACCGAGGCUAAGGAAAGCUAACACUAAGGACGUCGGGAUCCAGGUUAACCCUAAAACCGACGCUUCUGUCCAGUGUUCCUUGGGUCCCAGGACCUUACUGGCGAAUAAUAGAGAGACCCUGAGAUGGAGAAGACAAACGACUCCGAUGUCUGGGAGUCCUGUGAACAACCUCGCCAAAACCGUGCGUUUUCCCAGGACACUGGCCUUAUACUCUCCCAUUGCUGCUAGGAGGCCAACCUCGUUUCUUGACGAAUGGGAAAAACUACCUGGGGAUCUAGGAGAAACGGCUGAAAAGAGCAAAUGCACUUUGGAAGAAAAAGAUGGAAUGGAAAUGACAGACACUAGUGUCGGUGCAGCCCAAGAAAAUAAAUCCAAUGGCGCCCAGAAAGAUGGACAAGAUGGUAACAAAAGUAGGGCGAGUGUGAGAUUUCAGUUCUUGGAACAGAAGUAUGGCUACUACCACUGUAGAGAAUGUAAUCUACGCUGGGAAAGCGCAUAUGUUUGGUGUGUACAGGGCACAAACAAAGUAUAUUUUAAGCAGUUCUGUAGAACCUGUCAAAAAGCUUUCAAUCCUUAUCGUGUGGAAGACAUUACCUGCCAAAUCUGCAAACGGGCCAGAUGCAUAUGUACUGUGACUAUGCGCCAUGUUGACCCCAAGAGACCCCAUCGCCAGGAUCUAUGUGGGAGAUGCAAGGGCAAACGACUCUCUUGUGACAGCACUUUCAGCUUUAAAUAUAUUAUUUAAGUUUAAUGUUUUGCAAAAGUUAUCCUGCUAGAUUAUUGAAAUCAUACCUUGAAAGAUUACAAAAGAAUUGUGAAGCUGGGAUGAAUGUGCCUAUAUUUUUUGUUUGUUUUGAAAGCAGGAUCAAAUACUGAAUGUAAAAUAAAUGGCUAUUAAUGGACACAA